AUGAGUUUCGUCAGCCUUCUGGCGUUCGGCGCGUUAGUUGCUGGCACAGGUAGCGGGACGAUCGCAGGGCACGCCUUUUCACCUUCUGCAGAAAUGGCUGUCGCGAAGCUGGGCUGCGCGGAGAAGUACCGCAUCUCAAACCUAUAUAAGCGUCGAAGCUUGAUGGGACGACUCGCCAACGAAGCGGAGCUGUUGAGAGGAGCAGUGUUCUGGCGUCGAAGGCUAUCUGUGGAGCUCACAGAGGCCAGGAAAAUUGGGAACGGGCUAGGAUCUUGCGAAGCUGGAAUGUUGGGUCAUAAUGCAGCCGCAAAUGCUCACUUCGGCGUGGAGCGUAUUACAUCAAUCCACUGCAGGCUUCAAGCUGCCAUGUCAUCGCUGCUCGUCAUAGCCAGGGACAACCUGGAGCUCAUCAACCGUACUCUGACUCCGACUCUGCGAACGGAGCGCGAUGCACUUGAUCGACAUCUCGCAUUUGAGCGGGAACGCCAAUCAGUCGCACGGAACGCGAACACUCAAGAUGUGCGUAGGGACUCGCACCUCUUCGUCGACCGUCAACCCCUCGCCCUUGCGGGAGGACUUGCAAACUGGACUGCCUUUCGAAAUGUGCUCUGGGUGUGUUGGCGCGCAGACAUUUACCGACGGUGUCUCUUUGCCGUCCCGCAUCGUCGACUGCCGCGAAAGUUCGCAACCGUCUUCGUGCCAUACGUGCUUGAUCUAGCCGGCAACGCGAGCAUUCGUUUGCUGAACUCGAUUCGAAUCAUUCAAGUGUGGACCGGAGGGGCGUCUGCCGUGGCAUCCAUCUUCGACAUGUUCUGUUGGGGCGGCCGGCAGUUCGAUGAGCACUGCGCAAUCGGGACACUCGGUCGCGAAAGCCUAGGGGCACUAGCGCGGACUCUCAGCCUGGAUAACACCAAGGCAGCCCUCGCUAGAUGUGAGAUAAGAAAAAGGGAAAAGAUACGGCGACGCGUAUCCGUAGGGUAA